AGCCCGAGGAGCGCAGCAUGGAGCCGCUGGCUGUGCCGGAGGAGGAGAUGCCCCUCACCGUGGCGUCUGCCCGGCUCUUCGGUUACGUGGGAAUUGAAGCUGUGCUCGACCAGAUGAAAAUCAAAACCAUGAAGACGGGCUUCGAGUUCAACAUCAUGGUUGUGGGGCAGAGCGGGCUGGGGAAGUCAACGAUGGUGAACACCCUCUUCAAGUCCAAGGUGAGCCGCAAAGCCUCGCAGCCCGGCCAGGAGGAACGCAUCCCCAAGACGGUGCAGCUGCAGUCCAUCACCCACGUCAUCGAGGAGAAGGGUGUGAAGAUGAAGCUGACGGUGACGGACACGCCGGGGUUUGGGGACCAGAUCAACAAUGAGAACUGCUGGGACCCCAUCAUCAAAUACAUCAACGAGCAGUACGAGAGGUACCUACGUGAGGAGAUCCUCAUCACCCGCAAGAGGAAGAUCCCGGACACCCGGGUCCAUGGAUGCGUCUACUUCAUCCCCCCCACGGGUCACUGUGGGGCCAUGGAGUUCAUGCGGCGGCUCAGUAAGAUCGUCAACGUGGUGCCGGUGAUCGCCAAAGCCGACACGCUCACCCUGGAGGAACGGGCAGAGUUCAAGCAACGGAUCCAGGAGGACCUGAAGACC